AUGGCGAACCGCGGGCGUACUCUUGAUGGCCAAGCAUUCUCAAUGAAGGACCUCGAGAGGCUGGGCUCUGCAAAAUUGCCCAUUGCUUACAGAGAAUAUUAUAAUGAAGGCGCCAUGGACCUCAUCACACUUCGCGACAAUGAAAAUGCCUACGAUCGGUACAAGAUCCGUCCUCGCGUCCUACGUAAUGUUUCGAAUCUUGACCCUACCACACAAAUCUUUGGUACAACUGUAUCUUUCCCGCUUGCAUUAUCCCCCCUUGCGAUGCAAGGGCUGGCGCAUCCAGACGGCGAAGUCGCAACUUCAAGAGCCGCUGCGUCAAUGAACAUCCCCAUGGGACUAUCGACGUAUGCAACAUCGACAUUAGAGGACGUUAUUGCUGCAGGAAAUGGCAACCCAUAUGCAAUGCAAUUGAGCCUUUUGAAGAAUAAAGAUGCCAUGGCACGCAUGAUCCAGCGGGCGGAGAAGGCGGGUUACAAGGCACUACUGGUCACUCUAGAUUGUGCCCGACUUGGACGACGAUUGAAUGAGUACCGUAAUGCUUUCGUUCUUCCCCGCGGUCUUGAGUUUCCAAACAUGUUCCCGGGAGUGGACAUUUCCACCAUGGACGACGGCGACGACAGGAUGGCAUAUGACGACUCCAUGGAGUGGGCCGAUAUGAUGAAGUUUUUACGAGACACAACCAAGAUGCAAAUCUGGGUUAAAGGAAUAUACACGAGCGACGAUGUCGACCUUGCGAUACAUCAUGGUGUUGACGGAAUAAUAAUAUCCAAUCAUGGAGGUCGGCAGUUGGACUCGGUUCCAGCAACUUUGGAUACCUUGAGAGACGUGGCUGGUGUUGCAAAAGGUCGAAUUCCCAUCGGCAUCGACGGUGGAAUUCGUCGUGGCACUGAUGUAUUCAAAGCACUGGCUUUAGGAGCUGACUUCGUGCUUGCUGGUCGUCCCCUGAUAUGGGGAUUGUCUUAUGCAGGAGAAGCAGGAGUAAAGCUUGCACUAGACAUGAUUUACGAUGAGUUUCUGAUCGCUAUGGCGUUGGCUGGUUGCCGUACAGUUCCAGAAAUCACCAAAGAGCAUUUGUCCUUACUCGAACCGAACGGCAUCUUGGCAAAGCUCUGA